UUGGUUUCCUCUUUCCAGUGUACUGCUUACUUGAUCAGACUUGUUUGCUUUUCAAACGGAGGUGUUUAAGUUUUUGUUCUUCACUAACAGUCUCCAGGAUCUCAAGACAGGAUGUCAGUGACUGUGUCCAAGGCUGAUGGGGUCACUGUACUCACUCUGACCACUGACCCCCAAAGUCCUUGGCCUCCUCUGUGUCAGAUCUUCAAGAACCUUUGCUACAUUCCAGUGUGCUGCACUGUGUCUCAGCACCUGAGAAGUCUCAACAGAGCUUCUCAGACAGUGCUGGGGACGCUGCAGAUAAUGAUCGGGCUGCUCAACAUUGGAUUUGGACUUAUACUCUAUAACGCUUGGAACUCCCUUUACUUAAACUACUUAGGCUUUCCAUUUUGGUUGGGUGCAUUGUUCAUCAUCUUCGGUAUUAUGUGCAUUUUGUCUGAGAAGUAUCCAAGUCCAUGUUUGGUCAUCCUUACUGUGAUUCUGAAUCUGGCUGGAGGUGCUUUUGCCAUGACAGGCAGUGCAUUGUACGGCGUUUAUUUAGAAGACAUUGGCUUUCGUUGGAACUAUGAUUGCUACAAUGGCUACAAUGGCUACAAUGGCUACAAUGGUUACAAUGAUUACGGGUAUGGAAGGAAAACAAUAAGGUCUCCAUCUUUGGAGGAAAAACUCCUUCAGGAGAAAUGCUUGGAGGGCCAAGCAGUGCUGGUGAUGCUCCUGAGAAGCAUCAGUGCUGUGAUGAUCACCUUGUCUGUUCUGGAGCUCUGUGUUGUGAUAAGCUCUGCUGUCCUGGGAAUCGAGGCUCUGAGUAACAAAGAAAAAGGACAAAACAAGAGCACUGACGACCCAGAGCUCUACAAACCUAUGCUGGAGGAAGUCACUGUACAGCCUGUGGCAUUAACAGCCUGACUCUGUUCACGAAAUAUCAGCGAUUUACACACAUUCUUACUAAUAACUUACUGAUAAUAUACGAAUUAUUACUGUGUUUUGAUGUAGUGAUGUAUAUCUUAUGUUUAGUUAGAUCCCAGCACCUGCGUAUGUAAAAAAUAAUUGUUACAAGUCUUUUCUUUUCUUUCUUUUUUUACAGAAGUGUUUAAACAGGGAAUGUCAGGUGGAGGUUGUUACUUUUAAAUGAGGUUUGAAAUUUUAAGAAACUCAAAUUUUUACUUUUCUCAGCCUGUGCUGUAAAGGAUUUCUUGGUAUGUUCAAUAAAACAUGAAAAGUUCA